CACAGGGUGGAGAAUGGAGCCAUGGGGGCAGGGCGGAAUGGACUGCCGUAGACUGCCACCGCGUCGUCGCUGUCCAUGCGCGCGGAGCCGGCUUCUCGCAAGCGGGGCUCGGUGGGAAUGGCCGUGCGUGAUCGCAGCCCUCAAGAGAUUGCAGAGCAGCGAGCCGAGAAAUUGUUUCGCCGGCGUGGAAGACAUCGCCGUGGUCGCCGAUGGAUUAUCGAGCGAGCUAGCUCUGCGGAAUCACCAGUGCCCGGACAUGGGGGCUGUCAAGCCCUGCGACCUCGAAGAUCAGCAAGACGUGCGAGGAUAUGAGAUUACUUCCCUAGUAUUCACGACGAGCUGGGGCAACUGUGUUUGACUAGGAUUCCGCGUUCGAAGGUAUACGACAUGGCUCUGGUGUGCAAGAAGUGGAAGGCGUAUCUGCUGCACCCGGAGCUGUACAAGGCUCGAAGGCUGCAAUCCGUUCGCGAAGAUUGGGUGUUUAUUUUAGGAGUAGCGAAUGUCGAUAGGAAAUGUGUUUGACUAGGAUUCCGCGUUCGAAGGUAUACGACAUGGCUCUGGUGUGCAAGAAGUGGAAGGCGUAUCUGCUGCACCCGGAGCUGUACAAGGCUCGAAGGCUGCAAUCCGUUCGCGAAGAUUGGGUGUUUAUUUUAGGAGUGACGAAUGUCGAUAAGAAAUGGCGGGCGUAUCGACCCACCGUGAACGAUUGGGUGGUGAUACCACCGUGCCCUAGCGAUUUCGUGGUUCACACGUGCGACAAGGAGAGCAUGGUGGCCGGGCUGAACUUGAUGGUCCUAGGGCAAGGCGGAGAUGGAUACGUAGUGUGGAGAUUCGACACCAUCAGGAGUGCGUGGUCGACGACUCCGAAAAUGCAUACUGAUCGGUGUCUAUUCGGCUCGGCCAGCUUCGGACAAUUUGCCUACUUCGCCGGAGGUACGAGUCGAAGGAGUCUUCUGAAGUCGGUCGAGAGGUACAACUCCGAAACCGACUCAUGCUGCCUGACAUGAACACGGAGAGGAAGUGCUGCUCGGGAUUUGUGAUGGACGGCAAGUUCCACGUCAUUGGCAGUCAACAACAGUCGAUCAUACUCAAUUCGGGAGAGGUGUAUGACCCGGCGAUGAAAACUUGGAAUCUAAUUGAGGACAUGUGGCCCAAGAAGUUCGUCCCGAGCACCCAAGUCGCGCCACCUUUGAUCGCCGUCCUGAACAAUCAGCUGUAUGGCAUCAACAUCAUCGAGAACAUGUUGAUGUCCUACGACAAGGAGAAGAACCAGUGGCAACUCCUGGAGAAGGUUCCUCAUCGGGCCGAGAACACCAAUGGUUGGGGCCUGGGCUUCAAAGCCGUGGGCGACGAGUUGUUCGUGAUCGGCGGUGCGCGAAGGGUCGGCCUGUUUUUACCACAGAUUCAUGCAUACAGUCCGAAGGCGGAAGGCAGUGAGAGAUGGAGCAUCAUCGGAGUCGCGAGAGGUGGUAUUAUGCGGGAUGGCACUCGUGGUGGGUCGUUUUCUCUGAAGUAAGAGCUGGGACCAAUGAUUCGCGAUGGCGGGAGGUGCUUGGGAAGACGCAGUUCGGACCUCGAUUGAUGAAGAAGAAGGGGUUUCGUGGGAGGUGGUCGUUGCGCAGGAAUGGGCGGAAGCAUGAAAGGAGGUCCAUACCUUGCUCUUUAUUUGUGGGGAUUCAUGCUGGUUUUGUCACUCGGGAUGAUGGCUAUUUAUCCCGUUCUCAUUGCCCGACUGUUUAACAAGUUCACUCCACUGCCCGAAGGAGAGCUGAGGGCAAAAAUCGAAAAGCUGGCGUCAUUACUAAAGUUUCCCUUGAAGAAGCUGUUUGUCAUUGACGGAUCCACAAGAUCUAGCCAUAGCAAUGCAUACAUGUAUGGUUUUUUCAACAGCAAGCGCAUUGUGCUUUAUGAUACACUUAUACAACAGUGUAAGGAGGAAGAGGUCGUAGCAGUUCUCGCACAUGAACUUGGCCACUGGCAGCUUAGUCAUACCAUGUAUUCCUUUCUAGCCAUGCAGGUUCUUACGCUGUUGCAAUUCGGCGGUUAUACAUUAGUUCGCAAUUCAACUGAUCUUUUCCGAAGUUUUGGUUUCUCAACCCAGCCUGUUCUUAUUGGCCUCGUGUUAUUCCAGCAUACAAUCAUGCCCUUGCAACAUCUUGUUAGCUUUGGCCUCAACCUGGUCAGCAGGGAAUUCGAGUUUCAGGCCGAUGCAUUCGCAAGGAAGCUUGGUUACGCAGAUUCUUUGCGAGGCCUCAUCAAGUUACAAGAGGAAAGCCUUUCAGCAAUGAACACAAAUCCCUGGUACUCAGCAUAUCACUACUCUCAUCCACCGCUUGUCGAACGGCUCCAGGCUCUUGACAAGUACACAAAGAAGGACGAAUGAUGGAAUCACGUCUGGAGAGGAAGCACCAGAGUUGUAGCGUCAGCUAUUAGAGCUUCAUUUGAAAUCGUCCAGCGGACAUAUGUACACAAGAGAAAAUGUUUUGGAAUUGUGCACGGAUGACAGGGAUCUGGUGACUUCACCAGAGUAUAUCAUAUGAGUAGAACAUCACACCUUAGGCUGCUUGGGACUUUGGUAGGUGGCUUUACCUCAUUGGUAAGAUGGGCCAGCAGUUCUUGUUCAAGGGAGAGCUGUGAUCAAUGAUCUUGUCUUGAACUUGUCAACACGAAUCUGCACUUUCGCACUUGUUCCACAUUCAUGUGCUCC